AUGUGUAAAACGAAAUCCGGAAAACCCGAAAUCACUCACAUUUAUGUGCGCCCCUCUCUUGCAGAAGAACCUCAUAUCGGGUGUGUCAUAAGAGCUUUCUUCACGUUUAACUAUACCACUCGGUCAGCAAUCAUAGCCACCAAGAGAGAUGUAAUAUUACGGGAGCUCAAUAACGCAAAUGCUUAUGUCGAACUUUUAAAACUUGUUGAAGACGAUGCGUGGGUAGUCAAUACUUGUCUUGAUACGUGUGUGGAUGAGUGGGAGCUUCAGAAAGAGAUAUUCUCUAUUGGUCUGAAACGCAUUACAACUCUGACAGAACCCAUUGUGAAAGACCUUACCCCACAAAGCGCAUUAACAAACAGAGAGAAAACUUUAUUAAGAAGUCGACUUUAUCUUCUUCAGUAUUCCGACCGUUUAGAGACAUUUCAUAAAAUCUGGCCCAGUCUUACUUCAGAAAAUGAAGACACUUCAUUUGCAACAGGUUUCGCCGAAUUCCGCGACGUCAAUUUAACUGCUCAAGCUUUAGAAUUUGCUCGUUCUGAAAACCAUGUUGCUCUCGAUGCCAUAUUUAUGCAUCAUGGCCGUCAUGUAUUACCCCAGAGGCUGUUUAUUUUGUCUCAAAUUCCAGAAACAGCGGAUCCAAGUAGCUUUGAUUUACCACACGUCACGCAUGAUCAUGAAGAUAUUUGGCUUGAAGAACCAUGGCGUAAAGAACAGGAUAUUGUGGAAGAGGAUUGGGUGCAAGAGAUGAUCCGCCUACAAGUGGCGGAAGAGAUAGAUUAUCUAAAUCGUUUAGAGGCCAGUAUCCAAACUACCGAGUACCCAACCUCUGCAAAAGUGAUUGCGGAUUGGUAUAUAGAUCGGGCCCGUGCAGCAGAUAAGAUUGGUUUGAGUAGCACUGCUUUGGAGAUCAUUCGAUAUGCACAAGUCAUGGGUGUGACAGGAAUAGAAAACCAAAUAUCCGAGUAUGAAUGGCUAUGUAAAUACGUGUAUUCUUCAGAAACAUCCUUUACCGAAAAUACCUUUGUUGAUUUGGAAAAAUUCCAGCAAAUGUCAAGCUAUGAAGUUUUGAAAGGAUUGUUAAGUAAUACAGAUAGUGCUUCUAUUGUUGACGAUAUGUUGAGAUUAGCAUUGCCUUGGAUUGAAGUAUCCAAAAAGAGAAAAGGAACAACGGACAAGACUGAUUUAUUACUUUAUCGUUGGCUACUGGAGACAGCUGUAGGAGAUCAUCAUUUGGACUGGUGUUGUUCUGUUAUUGAAAAAUCCAAGCCAUCCAUUCCAGUAGAAGAUCGUAUCAUCAAAGACGAUUUGGAUUUGUCCAGACUUGUAUUGGCUAUUGUUUACUCCAGUGAUGGAACAAUGGAGUAUCUAGUACGUCUUUUUGAAUGUCUACCCAUUUUCUCCGACAUUGUGGAGAACGACAAUGAGCCUAUUGAUAUGGCUGAUAUGAUCGCAUUGGCAAGCACACCCUUGGGUUUAUUUUUAGAACUUCAAAAUGUCGGUGCAUUUGGAUUGACCCAAAUGAUGGAUACCCUUCAAAACCAUUUGGGAUCAGCCGAAGUUCUGGCUAGAUAUCAUGCCAGUGUACCUUUGCGUUGGUACUUGCAAGAUCAAACUAUAGAAGCUCAACGUCAAUUAUGCAUUCGUAUGUCCUCUCAGGCAGCUGGCGGAGUAGAAUCUGGUGGAGCUCAAUUCGAUCGUGAUGAUGAUUGGCGCGAAUUACUAGACGAUAUGCUUCGUUUGCGUGAUGAAGGUGAAGGUAUUUUUGGAAAGUUGGAUUCAGCAGAGAUUUUGGAGAUCUUUUUUAGCUCCUUGUUAAGAUGUGGACGUUUUAAACUUGCUCAAGAUUUGAUUUUAGGAUCCCAAAAGAUCAUGGAUAUUACAAAGGCCGAAAAAUUAGUGAUAGAUGCUGAACGUGAAUUUUUUGAUAAUGCUACUUCAGGCAAUAUGAACGCGGGUAGUAUGAAGCAAGCUUGGGAUUGCCUCAAGAUCUUACCACCCACGACAGAAAUUAAAAAGGAAAUGGAUUUGAUUGAGGCGACCCAUAGCUUGAUUUAUGAGUACAAGGUGCAAGAUCGACCGGGAAUGACCAUCAUGCCAAUUCAAAUCAGGCAAUCCAAAAACCGACUUGAGCUGAUAUCUAAACUAAUUUUCGCUAAAAGAGACAUGUACCGUCGACACGAACAAGUGUUGGCGUUGGUUCGCAAGCUAGGUUACGGCGAUGAUGUGUUGGCCAAAGUGAAAGCGCUUGCGAUGUUGGCGAAUGCAGCACUUGUGGAGGAAGAUUAUAUCGAAUCCUAUCACUUGUGCCAAAUUACAGUAGAUGCUGCACAAAACCAAAAGACUGCUGGCAAGUCAAAAAGUUAUAACAACGAAAUCGAUGAAGCCGCAUGGCAUAGUUGUCUUAAUCUUGGAAAGGUGGAAGCCUUUGAAGAUAUCAAUCGACGCUUAGAUGUACUCUCCAUGGCAAUGACACUGAGUCCCGCAGAAAACAUUCGAGAUGUUUUGAUUGUGUGGCGAAAAUUGGAUCAAACUAAACCCAACCAGUUGGCUUUUGCUCAGUUGGGUAGCCAUGGCUUUGAUAAGGAUCAUCAUGAGAACAAGGGCUGGCAAGGAUUACUUCAAAACGCAACAAAACAGUGGAGUUUGGGCGAUCUUUUAACAGGUGGUGAACAAGCUGACCGUAGAGGCAUGGAUGGUUCUAAAAGGAAGAGGGAUAUUGUUCGUGAUGUAGUGGGUGGCUGGCUCUUCUAA